CAUAAUGCAACUGUUCACCGCCUGCAUCUUCCUUGCUUUCGCCAUUUUCUCGGUUUCCGCGCAAUUCAUUCCAACUAAUCAAAUUCUACCAUCACUGUUCAACCCAGCUAGAAGAGCUCCUCAGCCAAGUUCAUUCAAUUUCAUCCCAUCUGCAAAUGCAAGACAUACCAUCUAUCGUCCACCGACUCCACUUGGAUGGGGAAGAAAAUGAAUGUUUCUCUUGUUGGAGUUGGAACUAAUAAUAAAGAUUAUUGAGCAUUUA